AUGGAUACGACUUGGAUUACACAACCACGAAAUACGCCAGAGUAUGCUAAAGGACUUAAUGGAUUCCUUGAUUUUGCCUUUAAAAAUCGUCCAAAUGGAAUGGCAAAAUGUCCCUGUAAAAAAUGCGGUUUCAAAACACCGCAAAGUAGAAGUGUGAUGUAUGAUCACUUAAGAGCGACACCAUUUCCAGUGGGAUACACUGAUUGGUGCUAUCACGGUGAGGUCGCGAUAGGAGAAAAUAGUAAUGGUUCAUCUAGUAAUCCUACAAAUGCAGUUCAUGACAUUACAAAUGGAGAAGAUCCUAUCCAGAACAUGCUUAACGAUGCUUUUGGAGUUGAUAGGAAUCAUGCAAAUGAAGUGCCUUUUGCAUCGAAUGUCGAUAUUGAAAUAGAUGAAGAUGUGACACCGGACGCGACUCAGGAGGGGAAUGAAGCAAAAGAGUUUUAUGAAUUAGCAAAAGAGGGGGAACAACCUUUGUAUGAAGGGUGUAAAAAAUAUUCAAAGUUGGCUUUUUUGGUGAAGUUGUAUCAUAUCAAAUGCUUGUGUGGAAUGAGUGAUAAGUCCAUGACAAUGAUUUUAGAACUCUUGCAAGAUGCAUUUGAACAUGCAAAGAUUCCAAGCUCAUUUUAUGAGGCGAAGAAAACAAUCACGAAACUUGGUUUGAACUAUGUAAAGAUUCCUGCUUGUCCGAAGGAUUGUAUGCUUUACUGGGGAAAUAAAGAAGAUGAGGAGAGGGAAACUUGUAAAGUUUGUCACACUUCCAGAUGGAAAUCAAGUAUAAAAUCUAAGGAGCGUGAGACAGGAAACGCUGACAACAGUUUGAAGAAAAUCCCUGCAAAAGUUCUUCGUUAUUUUCCAUUAAAACCUCGAUUACAAAGACUAUUUUUGUCUUCAAAGACAUCGGAGGAUAUGAGAUGGCAUGCUUUAAGUAAUAACAAUGAUGAAAUGAUGAGGCAUCCUAGAGAUUCUGAAGCAUGGAAACGAUUUGACUCGACACACCCUUGGUUUGCAUCGGAUGCACGAAAUGUCCGUCUUGCAUUAGCUACUGAUGGGUUUAAUCCCUUUGGCAUUAUGAGUUCAAACUACAGUGUCUGGCCCGUAAUUCUCAUUCCAUACAAUACUCCUCCAUGGGUGUGCAUGAAGCAGACAUCUUUUAUAAUGUCGAUGAUAAUUCCUGGAAAAAAUGCUCCAGGAAAUAACAUAGAUGUCUACUUACAACCUUUAAUGAAAGAGCUGCAAGAUUUAUGGACAACCGGUGUAGAUGCUUAUGAUUCUUUCAAGCAUGAGAUGUUCAAAUUACAUGCAGCUUUGAUGUGGACAAUAAGUGAUUUUCCUGGUCUAGGUAAUCUCUCUGGGUGGAACACGUACACUGGAUAUGCUUGUCCAACUUGUAACAAAGACUUUAAACCUUGCCGUCUUAAAAAUGGCAAAAAAUGGUGUUUUAUGGGCCAUCGUCGGUUUCUUGAUCGGAGACAUCGAUUUAGAUUGAACCGAAUUCGCUUUAAUGGUGAGCAAGAAUUGCGCGAUCCAUCAAGAAUGUUAUCUGGUUCAGAAAUUCUUGAACAAAUUUGUGACAUUAACGUCACAUUUGGCAGAAGUGUAGAGAAGAAAAAGAUUAGAAAAAGGUCACAACUUGAAGAUGGUCCAAAGUGGAACAAGAAAAGCAUAUUUUUUGAACUUCCAUAUUGGAAAGAUAAUUGUUUGCGCCACAAUCUUGACAUGAUGCACAUUGAAAAGAAUGUAUGUGAAAAUAUCAUAUUUACUUUGCUAAAUGAUAGUGGAAAAAGUAAAGAUAAUCUUAAUGCUCGAAAAGACCUUAAACUCAUGGAGAUAAGACCUGACCUCUGGCCAAAUGAAAGUGGAAAAUAUGCGUUAGCUGUAUAUGCAAUGACUAAUAGAGGUAGGAAGGAUUUCUUGGCUACUUUAAAGAACAUUAAUGUGCCUGAUGGGUAUUCGAGUAACAUUUCUAGGUGCAUUGAUUUGGAUAAUGGCAAGUUGAAUGGGAUGCUAAAAAGUCACGAUUGUCAUGUAUUGAUGGAGCAACUGUUACCGUUAGCCAUGCGGACAUCAUUGCCUGACAAGGUUUCGGCAGUAUUAAUUGAGUUGUGCUCAUUCUUUAGACAAUUGUGUGGUAAAGUGCUUAAAGUUGAAGAUUUGGACAUGUUGCAAAAUAAAAUCGUCCUCACUUUAUGCCACAUGGAAAUGUUAUUUCCUCCUUCAUUUUUCACUGUUAUGGUUCACUUGGUUGUUCACCUUGUUGAAGAAGCUAAGCUUGGAGGUCCUGUUCAUUAUCGGUGGAUGUAUCCUAUAGAAAGGUACCUAGGACAUCUAAAAUCAUAUGUUCGUAAUAAAGCACGACCUGAAGGCUCAAUAGCUGAAGGUUACCUUCUCGAAGAGAUUCUUACCUUUUGUUCAAGGUAUUUGGACGAUAUUGAAACAAGAUGGAAUCGAUGUGGUCGUGUAGAUGAUGAACCUAAUGAUGAACAACCUCAAUCACGAAUGUCUGAAUUGUUUCCUUUAAUUGGAAAACCAGUCGGAGGCUCUUCAUAUUUUACCCUUACACGAAGAGAAAAGUUGCAGGCUCAUCGGCACGUUUUAACAAAUUGCCCUGUAGUUGAUUAUUAUAUUCAGCAAUUUAGAACUAUAGUAAAGAGACAAAUGAGGGGAAGGCAUUCUUCUGAGGUAGACAAAAAAGUCCAUAGAGAAUUCGUUCAUUGGUUUUCCAAUCGUAUUGGCAACAAUCUUGACAGUCUUAGCGGACCAGAUAAAGAUGUUCUUAUUAGUCUAGCACAAGGUCCUCUGGACCAAGCUAGAAGGUUUACUGCUUACAAUGUUAAUGGAUUCAAAUUUCGGACCUUGGCACGAGACAAGUUAUUGAAAACACAAAACAGUGGAGUUUUUGGCUCAUUUGGAACAAGAAGUUACUCAAGCAGUAGUGAUGACCAUAUGAGGUUUGGAGACGUGCCUUACUAUGGCAGAUUAAUAGAUAUCGUUGAGCUUUUCUAUUGCGGCUUUUCGAUUGUCAUGUUCAAAUGUGAAUGGGCUAAUACAACUAACCCAAGAGGCAUGAAGAAAGAUAAAUUGGGUUUUACUUCUAUUAACUUCGCAAGCUUAAGACAUACUGGAGAACACGAAGAUGAUGAACCAUACAUCAAAGCUUCUGAAGCUCUAAUGGUCUUUUAUGUCGAUGAUGAGAAGGAACAAGGUUGGAGCAUACCAGUUCAUUUGAAGCCAAGAGACUUGUACGACAUGGGUGAAGAUGAAAGUGAAAUAAUGGCAUCCAAUGAGACAUAUCCAUCUCCACCUCAACCACAACAUCAAUCAUCAGAACCGGAACAUGAAGUUGUACUUGAACGUCUAUCUCAACCACGACAACCUCUACCUCCACCACCUCCACGUAAUCAUGCACAUUGGAUUGUGGAUGUUAUUGAUGAUGAUGGUAAUGUUAGACAAAAAAGUGUAGAAGUGAACGACUUAAUCCCGAACAAAGUGGGAUUUAAGGUGCAAACAAUCUGGAAUGAUGACCAUCAGCCCAUAGGAGAGGCAGGUGGACUGUUAUCAGGAUAUAUUGGCUUUCUUGCUAGUAGUGAUGAAUUGCUUCCUAUAAUGUAUCCAAAAUGGCCCAAAGUUCCGUUGGCAAAGAAAGACUUAAUUUAUGAUAACAACAUAAAGGCUAAAUUUGUUGUAAGUGAUACAAACAAGUUUCAUAAGAAGUGGAUUUAUACAAGCUUGGGAAAGAGGUGGAGGGAACGUCGGUGCUUUCUAUUCAAUAAGUAUUAUGAUUGGGCUCUUACUGUUGAACAAAACAUAGAGCAAUUUCCACCUGAAGUUACAAAAGAUCAUUGGGCCAUGUAUUUGAAUUAUAGAUUGUCUCCGGAUACUAUGGCGAAAGCAGACAAAAAUGCUCUAAAUCGCCAAAAGCAACGUAUUCCCCAUACGUUAGGCACAAGGUCACUAGCAAGAACACGAGAUAUUAUGGAACAAAGAGAUGGACGGUCUUACAGUAGAGGAGACAUGUAUGAAAUCUCUCACACGAAGAGGAACGGAUCAUAUGUUAAUGAUGAGGCUCGACAAAAAAAUGAAGAGUUACAAAAAGAAAGGCAGACAUCAUCUGAUAAUGAGGCUUUUGUGACCGUGUUUGGAAAAGAGCAUCAUGGUUAUGUUCGAGGAAUGGGACUUGGUCCAACACCAUCUCAAAAUAAUGGUUCUAGUUCUCGUCCUUCAGUAUCAACUUCUUCAUCGACUGCUGAUGCCAAAAUAGCUAAGAUGCAAAGCGAAAUUGAUGUGCUAACUAAAGAAGUUGCUGAAGUUAAUGAGCUUAAAGCUAAAGUUGCUGAAUUUGAUGCAAUGAAGGAACAAUUUGCUCUUAUUAUGGCUAAUAUGCAAAACCAGGGGUAUAACAUAGGAUCGCCGUUUGAAGUACGACGCUCUUUUGAGUCUAGUCAUAAUGUUGAGGGUAAUCAAGCAACUCCAGACGAUUCAACUUAGAUAUAUAAUUUUUGUUUAGGCGUGUUGAACUUGAUGUCACGCUUUUCUAUUUGUUUUAAUUUUGAUGUACUAGGCGCAUGUGUUGUGACCUUCGUUUUUGUUUUUUGUUAUGUACUAUUUAGGUUGCAUGUGUCAAUGCAAACUUUAGAUGUAUUGCGCAUGUAUUGUGACCUUUAGUUCCAUGUGUCGUUGUGAACACCUUAUUUUUGAA